AUGGCGAACUCUAAAGUUCCCUCGUAUAAGAAGAUAGUUGAGCCUAUGGAUGAACGCAUACGUAAACUUGAGGAGGCGUACCUUGUAGAAUCAAGGGCGACUUAUGAUGCAUUGAAAGCACUACUACAGCAUCCUGCUAGUCUUCAGAGAGACCCCCGGGCGGCUGGUGAGGGUUGCCUCACAGGAGUGUUACCAUUGCAUGCAGAUGAGCCUAUUGAGGAAUCCCAGAGAAUAUUUUCGGCUGUGAUCGGGUAUAAGCAGGCCAAGGGUGACGAAGACGGUGACACUUGA